AUGUUCGCCCAGCGAUUCGACCCCAACCUGGUGGGGCAGGAGUUGUCGAAACCACAGAUUCCUAUCAAGAAAAGAAAGCUCAGUCAGACAUCCAUUGAUGAAGAGGCCACAAAUGAAAAAUCAGAUACAGAAAGCCUGAGUUCAGAUAGCGAGAGCACUAGCGAUAGUGAUAGUGACGGUGAAAGUGAAAGCUCAUCGAGUGAAAGUGAGGAGGAAACUUCUGAUAAACAAGAGGCUGAUGUUAAACCAGCGGUUGAGCCGAAAGAUAGUAUGGAGGUUGACGAUCCUAUUGAGCCUAGAGAGGCCGACCCAGAUUAUCUCAAGAAGCAUGCUUCUGUGUUUCUGAAGUUCAAGUCGGUACAGUCUAAUGAUGUUGAUAUGGACGCCGACAAGCCCAGUGACGAGGAAGUCGAGAAACAGGAUUUAGCUCCACUUCCACAGCCAGAACUUCCUCGAGACGUGACUCUUCGAUCUACUCAGGCGCAUCUGAAAACCCUUGAUUGGCUAGCGAAGCCAGUCUAUGCAUCUCCUGAGCAAACCUCUCCGUUCAGUGACUUUAGCAUCUCGUCCAAUUUACAGAGCAAUAUUGAGGCCAUGGGCUUCAAAGAAGCCUUCUCCGUUCAGGUCUCAGUCUUCAAAAUGCUACUAGAGGACAUUACAAAAAACAAACUCAGUCCAGAUUUCAGAGGAGAUAUUUUGGUAAACGCAUCCACUGGUUCUGGUAAAACCCUUGCAUAUUGUGUUCCCAUCAUUGAAGCUUUGCAUACGAGAAUUGUCCCUAGAGUAAGGGCGGUUAUUCUCGUCCCCACAAGACCAUUGAUUCAACAGGUAACCCAAACCCUUAUAGAGUUGAGCAAAGGUACAAAACUUAAUGUGGUCAGCUUGUCUAGUGACAUGUCCAUAAAAGAUGAGGGUCACAAAAUUUCCACUAAUGUCCCGGAUGUAAUUGUAUCAACGCCGGGUAGAUUGGUGGAACAUAUUCUUAAUGGUUCGGUCACUUUUGAGGCGUUAAGAUUCUUGGUUAUUGAUGAGGCCGAUAGAUUGCUUAAUCAAUCUUUCCAGAAUUGGAGUGAAAUCUUGAUCGACAGCAUUGAAAAACAUAGAGAUUCCGCGAGGAACGUUGGUAACACAUGGGAACUUCAAACGCAAAAACUAGUUUUCUCGGCUACUUUAACCACCGAUGCUGGCAAGUUGUCGCUGCUAAAGUUCAGAAAACCUCGACUUAUUGUUGUCAAUUCGAAGGAGCAGCUCGUGAACGAGAUGUUCUCUGUUCCAACAACAUUGACGGAGAGCAAGAUCUUAUUCGCAUCUAGUGAGUCUGCCUACAAGCCUCUUUUGCUUACAAAACUCAUGAUUCAGUCUGAAAAGCUUUCCAACGUUUUGAUCUUCUCAAGAUCUAACGAUUCCACCCUUCGUUUAGCGAAGGUCCUCGAAGCACUUUUCAAAAGAUUCUACCCCUCUGCUCCCAUUACUGUCGCCUACAUGAAUUCGACUAAUAAUCUUUCAUCCGUGAGAAAUAGAGUCUUCAAAGAUUUUGGGAACGGUGAGAUUAACAUUUUGGUUGCGACCGAUUUGAUCGCUAGAGGUUUGGAUAUCUUAUCCAUCAAGGACGUCAUUAAUUACGACUUGCCAGUAUCGUCUCGUGAGUAUGUGCAUAGAGUUGGUCGUACCGCAAGAGCUAAUAAGCGAGGAGAGGCACUUUCCUUGGUAUUUGGCAGAGGUGAAAACCAAUGGUUCAACAGCCUUAUGGCUGACGUUGGUAGAAACCAGCCAGUCGAAGAGCUUUAUCCCAAGGCAAUUGAUCUUUAUCUUGACGAUCAUGAGAAACAGCAACUGGAGAAAGAGUCUGAAAAAGACCAGAAAGCUGAAACGCUGGUUGAUUUCAGCCUGGUUAAGUCGAGAAGCUCGACUGACAAAGAUAACUCUAGUGUCGAGAAAUCACAGUCUUCAGAAUUGGUCGAUUCAAAAAGAGACUCCUCUGAUUCAAGGUCUUCUGAUAUUGAAUCGCAGGAUAACGGAACCGGACCAAACCCAUUCAAGGAUCCUUUUUUGGCGGACCACUACAGUCGAAUGUAUGAAGAAGCUAAAUACGAAUGUCGUGCAGCUUUUGACCCACAUUUGGAAUGGACCCCAAAGGAGGAUAAGAAGUUAAUGAGGAAAGUUGACAGAAGAGUCAUUUUCAGUGCAUGUAUUAUGUUCGUUGCAUUACAGAUGAUUAGAGGUAAUUUAGCAGAAGCCACAGCUGAUGAUCUCCUUUCAGACAUGAACUUGGAUACAAAUCACUACAAUGUUGGUAAUACAGUAUACUUGAUCUCGUUUUUGCUAGCUGAGGUUCCCUCGCAAAUGAUUUCCAAGGCACUUGGACCAGAUAUCUUCAUUCCGAUCCAAAUUUGCGUGUGGUCGAUAGUUUCCAUGUGCCAGGGUGCAAUGCAUAACAAUGCUGGCUUUUUGGCUUGCAGAGCCAUUAUUGGUGCCUUCCAGGGUGGAUUUAUCGCCGACAUGGUCUUGUGGCUCUCGUACUUCUACAAAUCAGGUGAAUUACCACUUCGUCUUUCAUGGUUUUGGGCUGCAACUGCAAUUUCGAAAACCUUAACUUCGCUUUUGGCAUUCGUCAUUUUGAGAAUGAGAGGAAUAGGUGGUUUGACUGGCUGGCAAUGGCUUUUCAUUAUCGAGGGUGGCAUCAGUUUGGUCAUUGGUAUCUGGUCCUUCUACCUCAUGGUUCCCUCAGCUGUCCAAACAAAGAACAAAAUGCACCCCAAGGGCUGGUUUAGUGAAAGAGAAGAAAAGAUUGUUGUGAACAGAAUUCUUAGAGAUGAUCCUUCAAAGGGUGGAAUGCAUAACAGACAAGCUUUGUCACUCAAGAUGAUUUUGGAAGCAUUGUGGGAUUACAAUUUGUGGCCGGUCUACAUGAUUGGUAUCCUCGCUUUCAUUCCUCUUAACACGGUCUCACCAUACAUGGUUUUGGCCAUGAGAAAUCUUGGAUUCAGCACAUUCGAUGUGAAUUUGUUGACCAUUCCGCUGCAUAUUCUCCAGAUUGUUGGUCUCUUCUUCGUAACAUGGCUUUCGGAGAAGAUUAAUGAAAGAGCACUUUUAUGUCUUUCUAUGCCUUUGUUCAGUAUACCAUUUUUAGCUGCAAUGAGAUGGUGGAGUGGCACAAUGCAAGACGCAUGGGUGACAUGGUUUUUGGUGACCAUGGUAUUGUCGGCUCCAUAUAUUCAUGCAAUUUGUGUUGCUUGGGUGUCAAGAAAUUCCAAUUCUAUUCAAUCCCGUUCAAUUUGUUCGGCCCUUUACAACAUGUCUGUGCAAGUGGGCAGAAUUGCCGCCUUCAAUAUCUACAGAGAAGACGAUUUACCGAUCUACAGAAGAGGAAACAUGCAGCUUACCUUUAUUAUGGUUGGUUUGAUACCAAUAAUUUUGUUGACUAAAUGUUACUAUGUUUGGAGGAAUAAGGUAAAGGAGAGAAAGUGGAGUGCAAUGACUGUUGAAGAGCAACAGCAGUACAUAACUGAGACAAAGGAUGUGGGAAACAAACGUCUUGAUUUCCGAUUUGAUCAUUAA